AGGCAGGCGGGCAGGCGAUGCUCGGCGCCUCCUCGUCCUGCACCUCUAGGUGGGGUAGGCGAGUUUCCUCAGAGAGCGGAGCCCUCUCCUGCUCGUUGCAGUUUGCAAAACUUCCCCAGAAGAGAGCAAGCAGGAAAGGAGAAGUUCUUGGGAAGCCCUCCGAGCCUGCGAAGGCAGCGCCGGGCCGACAGAGCUGAGGGCUUCGGUGGUUUGGAGAUCCCUGGGAUCGAGCUGGGGACAUUCAUGACAAGCUCUGCGAGGAGAGGACGAGCCCGCUGGCUGUGCCCGAGCCUUGGCACCUGUGAGAGCCCAUCCAAGUGGUCACCUCAAGCCCUGUGCCCGCAGGAGGACCUCUCUGGGAUUCGGCGGUGGUGACCCCAUCUGCGCGAGGUAAAAUAUCAAGAGAACAUGGCUCACCUGGGUGAAUGUAAAUGGACUCACGUGUUCCCUUUUCUGGUGGUUUCCCUGGUGUACUCCGCCAGCGCUGAAUACUCCAACUGCGGCGAGAACGAAUACUACAACCAAACCACCGGCAUGUGCCACGACUGCCCCAAGUGCGAGCCGGGUGAAGAGCCGUACAUGACCUGCGGAUAUGGCACCAAAGACGAGGACUAUGGCUGCAUUCCCUGCCCGUCAGAGAAGUUUUCCAGAGGAGGCUACCAGAUAUGCAGACGGCACAAAGACUGUGAGGGAUUCUUUCGAGCCACAGUCCUGACACCAGGCGAUCAGGAGAACGAUGCAGAGUGUGGACCUUGUCUCCCGGGUUACUACAUGCUGGAAAACAGACCUCGAAACAUAUACGGGAUGGUUUGCUACUCAUGCUUGUUGGCGCCUCCUAACACCAAAGAAUGUGCAGGGGCUACCUCUGGCAUUUCGGCCAUUUUCCCAAGCACAUCUGGCACAAGUACUUUUUCACCUUACCAGCAUGCUCACAAAGCAGACCUUUCAGGACAAGGACAUCUGGCUACAGCUCUUAUAAUUGCAAUGUCUACUAUAUUCAUAAUGGCUAUUGCCAUUGUCCUCAUCAUCAUGUUUUACAUUGUGAAAACAAAACCUUCUGCUCAAGCCUGUUGCAAGAGCCACUCGGUAAAAAAUGUUGAAGCUCAGGCUAAUACACAAGAAGAGAAGAAAGAAGUGCAAGAUAAUGUUGUGAUAUUCUCUGAGAAAGAAGAGUUUGAAAAGCUUACAGCAACUCCAGCUAAGGCUGCUAAAAGUGAAAACGAUGCAUCUUCUGAGAAUGAACGACUUUUAAGUCGUAGCAUGGAUAGCGAUGAAGAAGCUGCAGUUGACAAGCAAGGGACUCCAGAGAGAUGCUUGUUAUCUUUAGUGCAUUUGGCCAGAGAUAAAUCUUCUACAAACAAUAAAUCGACUGGGAUUCAAAGUAGAAGGAAAAAGAUACUGGAUGUGUACGCUAAUGUAUGCGACGUCGCAGAAGGUCUGAGCCCUACGGAGCUGCCAUUUGACUGCCUGGAGAAGACGAGCCGCAUGCUCAGCUCAACCUACAACACAGAGAAAGCCAUAGUGAAAACGUGGCGCCACCUCGCCGAGAGCUUUGGACUGAAGCGAGAUGAAAUAGGUGGCAUGACAGACGGCAUGCAGCUUUUCGAUCGCAUCAGCACAGCGGGCUACAGCAUCCCAGAACUGCUAACCAAACUGGUGCAAAUCGAGCGGCUGGACGCUGUCGAGUCCUUGUGUGCAGAUAUCCUGGAGUGGGCGCAAGCGAUGCCUGCUCCUGAACCAGCAGUGACGUCCUGACGUGCCUGUGCUCCCACAUCGCCUGCGAGAGCAAUGAUUCCAGCCAGCAGCACGCCAAAGACUUUGGACAAGAGACUCAUGGCGUUUCUUCUGUGUAAUCACUCCCCAUACUGAUGGGAAGCUUUUCUCUUGUACUUCUAAAAAAAGUGAAGUUACACGUCUACCAAAAUGAGAGCAGAAAUCUCCUGAGAAGCUUGGUAUGAAGCAUGUCAUUAAACAAAAUGAUUAAGUUAAACAGUUACUUGCAAUAAGUGGACAGAAAAGGAUCCACUUUUCAGUCUAUGUUUGAGUGUAUGUGCAGAUAACCCUGUCACUACCCUUCCCACCUGGCUUUCAAGCCACUGAAUUGCUAUCUGAAGAUAUUCCUAUCUCUUAGGGCUUUGUUCAACCAUUUAAUUGUUGCAGUCAACAGCACCACUGCUACAGUAUCAAUUAAUCACAUUAGGCACCUACAUUUCUAUCAGCUCUAAUGCAUUUAAUAUGUAACCAGUUUCAUUUUCUGUAUUUCCUAUGGAUUUGUUGAAUCUAGAAGCACGUGCAUAGGCAUAUAUACACAAUCUCCAGAUAAAAUAAUUAUACUAUAUGAAAAAAAGCCCCAACAUAAUUUAUAGAUGGAAGUGCUUCAAAACGCUGUAUAUAAUGCAUGUAAAUGCACUCUUGGUCCAUACUGACAUUUCAAAAAUGGUAAAUUCAAACUGCAAGUUCACUUAGGGCGAGAUGGUUAGCAAGAAGGGAGUAAAGUUGGCAGCCACUAAGGAGUGGAAAGGAGAGCAACAAGAUUUUCUUUUCCUUGCUGUUACCAAAAAAAACAGCUUGUCCACUACUACGACAACAAUUUUUUUCCAGUAGUGACAUCUAUAUAUCAAAUGAUGUUUCAAGCAGAGGAAUUUCAGACAACAGCAAACAGACAACACUUGACACUGAGAGCAAAUAGAGUAGAUUUCUUUGGACAGCUGAAAUGUACAGGAACACGUGUUUUGAAAUGCUGAACUGUAGUCCCCGCAAAUGAAAACUCACUCCUCUGGAAGGUAAGGCAGUAUCGUGAGGUUGUGUGCAACAAAAUCUUCUCUUAGUUUUGUCCCAUUAGCUACUUCAAUUUUGCUGGUUACAAGUUCUGUAAAACUUGUACAGACCACACGGCAGGAGCUGUUACCAAAUGUAUAUGCUUAAUUUAUAGCUAAAAGGAGCGUUGACAGGUUUCAACAAGUGUCGCCACUGAAUUAAAAGAACUGGCACUUGCAAAGCUAUACUAUUUAAAUUCCAAGCUGCUUGGCUGAACAAAAUGUUAUAAAAAACUAUUAACUAUAACCCUGAAGUUAACAACCAGUAUUCCAUCACUUAAUAACUAGAUAUUAUCUAUGAUAGUGUGGUAAUUGUGCUGAACAUUUAGUAUCCCACUUUGACAUCUGUAUUUGCCGGUCUUUUCAGCACUUGAUCUGUAUCAUAGAGGAAGUACGUACUGCAACACAAAACCUAUCCUUCUUGCUGUUCUUUCACCACCUCUUUGGUAUCAUAACUUACUCUUCAUUAAUUUGCAUAUGCCAAAUUUGAUGAGAAUUUUGAUUUUAAAGGAAGAAGAAAGCUGCAUUUAUUUGAAUAUUUAACUAGCUAACUGAUGUUUAAUUUAUGGGUCUAAUUCUUGCUAUCUUGAAAUCAAUGACAAAUUCGUACAGACAUCAACAGGCUUCAGAAAGAUUUCUAGAUUUGCUGACAACUCUGCAAACUUCAAGAUUUUCAAGACCUUGAGUUUGCAGAUUAGGUCUGUUACUACUAAAAUAAGGGAAAAAAAAAAAGGAAAAAAGAAAAUGGGAAGAUUCAAUUUCUCUUGUGCCAGUGUGUAACAACAGUGUUAGUCAAGGGACUGUCUCCUAUACUUCACGUUUCAUUUAAUAGUACACACCAUUUGUAUGCUUAAAAGAUGACACAGGAAUCCGUGUUUCUAUGCUUAUUGGGCCUUGAAAAAUCUAGGGUCUUGAAAUCAUUGGUGCCAAUGUGAACACAGACUAUUUAACAUUAUUUUAUUUAGUAUACAGUAUUUUUAUUGUUACACAAAAGAUGUACAGGAAUGAAAAAAUCUUGUAGAUCUUGCCAAAGCUUACUUUCUAAUAAUUUUGUUUAAUGCUGUAUAUAUAACUUAUUAUAUUGUAAAAUAUGAACAUAAAAUAUGCUAAUAAAAGAAAGAGGUCAAACGCA